AGAAGCAAUAGUUGUUGUGGAUUCACUUUGUAUCUAGGUUAUAUUAGCAGUGAUUAUUAAAUAUUUCGAUUUAUGUACACUUAGUUUUAAGUGCAAGAUUGAAACUUCAAAAUGGGUGACAUAAAAUCUUUCUUUCAUCAAUGGUGCGCAAAACAUAGCACGGAACCGCAAUUUGACGUGAGGCCAACGGGGCCAAAACAUCGGCAGCGUUUUCUCUGCGAAUUACGUGUAUCUGGAUUUGAUUAUGUGGGUGCAGGAAACUCAACUAACAAAAAGGAUGCACAAGGAAAUGCAGCUAGAGAUUAUGUUAAUUAUUUAGUUCGUACAGGACAUGUGAAUCCUAGUGACGUUCCAAGAGAAACUGUUAACAACCAACAAAAUGACUCAGCACCUAUUAUUGUUAAAAUAGAAUCUUUAAAUUGCAAAUCUGUGUUUCAAGAUGGGAUGGGUCCCAAUGACAUAGGUCAUGCAUAUAGGGCUUAUAAUGAACAUGGUCAAGGCAAUUAUACUUACAUGGAUAGAAUAGCAGAUCAGAAAAAAGUUGAAGAUGCUGAAGAUGUUGAUGUGAAUUCUGGAAUUCAUGGGAAUUGGACUAUAGAAAAUGCUAAAUCAAAACUUCAUCAGUUUAUGCAAACUAACAAAAUUAAUGCUGAUUACAAGUAUACCUCACUUGGUCCAGAUCAUACGAGGAGUUUUAUGGCUGAAAUGACAUUUUAUGUAAAACAACUUGGGAGAAAUAUCACUGGCCGUGAAACUGGUUCAAAUAAGCAAACUGCAUCAAAAAGUUGUGCUUUGUCCCUUGUUAGACAAUUGUAUCAUCUUGGUGUUAUAGAGCCAUUUAGUGGAACUCUGAAGAAAAAUAAAGAAGCAGAACAAAUAAAACCGUAUCCAGUAAAAAUUUCACCGGAUUUGGUGAAUCAGAUACAUGAUGUUCUAUUAAGUUUGAAUAUACAGCCUGUUACAGUGAAGUCAGAGAUGAUGUCAUCUUUAAACCAAGAUUUGAAUCAGUCUGGUAACACUAUUUCUUUAUUAACAAAUCAAGUAUUAGAUGAUUUUAUUUCAUCUGUACCACAACCUGCUGGAGUAGUAAGUUGGUCUCCACCACAACAAAAUUGGAACCCAUGGACUGGUUGCAAUAUAGACGAAGGACCAUUAGCUACAAAGACAUUAGAGCAAAUGUCAGAAGAAUUAUUAUAUGAACAACGAGAAAGAUUGCAACAAGAUGAUAGUCUUCAAAAGAGUAUUAAAGAAAGAUCUAAUUUACCAGUCUUCUCAAUGAAAAAUGAAAUAAUGAAUGCUAUCAACGAAAAUCCUAUAAUCAUUAUUCGAGGAAAUACAGGCUGUGGUAAAACAACUCAAGUAUGUCAGUUUAUUUUAGAUGACUAUGUUGCAUCAGGUCAAGGUGCAUUCUGCAGUAUUGCUAUUACACAACCUAGAAGGAUAUCUGCUGUAUCUGUAGCUGAUAGAGUUGCUUCAGAAAGAUGUGAAAAUUUGGGACAGUCUGUUGGUUAUUCUGUAAGAUUUGAAUCUUGUUUGCCAAGACCUUAUGGGAGCAUAAUGUUCUGCACUGUUGGCGUACUUCUACGAAAAUUGGAGGGUGGUUUAAGAGGUGUAUCGCAUGUUAUCGUUGAUGAAAUUCAUGAACGAGAUGUCAAUUCUGAUUUCAUUAUGGUUGUACUUCGAGAUAUGAUUCAUAUGUAUCCAGACUUGCGAAUUAUUCUAAUGUCGGCUACAAUCGAUACAACAUUAUUUAGUAAUUAUUUUAAUAAUUGUCCAGUAAUAGAAAUACCGGGCAGGUCGUACCCUGUAGAACAAUAUUUCCUAGAAGAUUGUAUACAAUUAACAAAUUUUGUACCGCCUAUGGAUUCCAAAAAACGGAAAAAUCGAGAUUCAGAUGACUUACCAACAGAAGGAGAACCAGAAGAAAACUUAAAUAAAGUUAUCGACCCAUCUUUCUCUAUACAAACGAAGAAUGCGAUGGCACAGCUUACUGAAAAAGAGAUAAGUUUUGAACUUAUAGAAGCUCUACUGAAAAGUAUUAAAGAACAUGAUACUCCAGGUGCAGUAUUAAUUUUUUUACCUGGUUGGAAUUUGAUAUUUGCAUUAAUGAAGCAUUUACAACAACAUCCAAUUUAUGGAGGGUCGGGUUAUGUGAUUAUACCAUUGCAUUCACAAUUACCUAGAGAGGAUCAACGCAAAGUUUUCGAUCCUGUACCUCCAGGAAUUACGAAAAUUAUUUUAGCAACAAAUAUUGCUGAGACCUCAAUUACAAUUAAUGAUGUAGUCUUUGUAAUAGAUUCUUGUAAAGCUAAAAUGAAGCUUUUCACUUCUCAUAAUAAUAUGACGAAUUACGCUACUGUUUGGGCUAGUAGAACAAACUUGGAACAAAGAAAAGGCCGAGCAGGUCGCGUUAGGCCAGGAUAUUGUUUCCACUUAUGCUCCAAGGCACGUUUCAAUAAAAUGGAUGAACAUAUGACUCCAGAAAUGUUUAGAACACCUUUACACGAAUUAGCUUUGAGUAUUAAAUUAUUAAGAUUAGGUAGUAUUGGAAAGUUUUUAUCGAAAGCAAUUGAACCACCACCAAUAGAUGCAGUUAUUGAAGCUGAGGUGAUAUUACGCGAAAUGAAAUGUUUAGAUGAAAAUGAUGAAUUAACGCCACUUGGUAAAAUAUUGGCUCGUUUACCAAUAGAACCACGUUUAGGCAAAAUGAUGAUUUUAGGUUGUAUAUUUCGCGUUGGUGAUGCACUUUCUACAAUGGCUGCAAACAGCACAACAUUUCCAGAGGUCUAUAAUAUGGGACCUGACGUGAGACGCUUAUCUACACAACAGAAAUGGUUUGCUGGUGCAAGAUUUAGUGAUCAUGUAGCAAUGUUGCAUGCUUUCCAAGCAUGGGAAGAAGCUAGAUCCGGUGGGGAAUAUGCAGAGCAAACAUUUUGUGAUUCGAAAAACUUAAGUCUGCCAACUUUAAGGGUUACAUGGGAAGCUAAGAAUCAAUUACAAGCACUUCUGCAGAGUGCUGGAUUUCCAGAAGAGACUCUUUGUCCUACACCAUUAAAUUAUCAAGCUGGUGCGGACGUUCGCCUUGAUACAAUUACUGCAUUGUUAUGUAUGGGUCUUUAUCCAAAUGUUUGUUAUCACAAAGAAAAAAGAAAGGUGCUUACUACUGAAUCCAAAGCAGCGUUAAUUCAUAAAACGUCGGUGAAUUGUAGUAAUUUUGAGCAAAACUUUCCAUUUCCAUUUUUCGUAUUCGGAGAAAAAAUUCGUACAAGAGCAGUAUCUUGUAAGCAAAUGACUAUGGUAUCUCCCAUUCAUUUAUUACUAUUUGGUUCACGAAAGGUCGAGUUAGCCGAUGGUGUAGUCAAAUUAGAUAACUGGAUCAAUUUAGAUAUGGAUCCAAAUCAUGCAGCAACGAUAGUAGCUUUACGACCAGCUUUAGAAAGUCUCGUUGUGAAAGCUGCAAAAGAACCAGAAACUAUUUUAGAAUUAAGUUCUAAUGAAGAAAAAGUAUUAAGCGUGAUCAAAUCACUAUGUGGAAUGAAUGCCUGUCGGUAUGAACUAGAACAGAUUACAGGUGGUGGUUUUCAAUCACGAAGGCCUCCAAGGGGACAUGCGACUGGCUUUUAUUCAGACAGUACUAGUCCUGCAAAAAUGAUGCGUGGAGGUGGUGGUUAUCGUGUAUAUUUAAAAACUUUGUCUGCGCCUUAA